AUGGGGAACCAAAGGCGUCGAUGGCCUCCAAACAAGAGGAACCUCAAAGGAUUAAAUUCAAAUGAUUUUAUUAGCAGAAUGCCAGAUGAUAUUAUCAUAAUGGUGUUGUCUCGGUUGUCCGUAAAGGAGGCAGUGGUAACCAGCAUUCUCUCCACAAGGUGGAGAUUCCUCUGGUGUAAUCUACAGACAUUAAACUUUGAUGCCAGGCAAGCUUUAGAUAAUAUAGACAACGAUUUUCGGUUUUAUCUUUCAGAGCGCUAUAAGUACACCAAACAGGUAAAUGGUGUCAUCCGGAGUUAUAAUCACCCGACGCUUCAUCACUUCCGGAUUCGUUUCUAUUUGACCUGUGAGUAUACUAGCGUCAUUGACGAAUGGCUUAAGUUUGCCGUAAAAAAGAAAGUAGAGAGUCUUGAACUGGAUUUGGAGACAAAUCAGAAGAAUUAUCUUCAUAAUACUUUUAACUAUAGUUUCCCUUCAAGAUUAUCAGAUAAGAGCACAUCUAUAUUUCCAUCCGCAAAUUUGGAGUCUCUAAAAAAGCUUUACUUGAAUAGCGUUAACAUGAGGGAAUCGGUUCUUGGAGAGUUGCUAACAAAAUCUCCACAUCUUGAGUCGAUUUCCAUCCAUGGGUCUGGAUACUUGACUCAUAUUCAUGUUGGUGGACGAGACCUUAAGUUGAAACACUUUGAAAUCGUGGAAUGUCCACAUGUGGUGUCUGUUUAUUUGUCUGAUUUUGGAAUCGAGUCAUUCACCUACGUGGGCCAACCAAUAGAUUUGCAUCUCAGUGGUCUUCCAAACCUUAAAAAUGUUGUUAUGAGUCAAGGACUUGCAGGGUUGAGUAAUACUUUGUUUGGCCAGAUAUUAUCUUGUGCAUCAACCCUACAGACUCUUUCCUUCAAGAUAUAUCAUCCUCUGAAAAUUGCAAAGCUUUAUUCCAUCCGUCAACUACCAAAUAUAAGGAAAUUAACGCUCACAAUUGUUGUUCGAAGAGAUAAUUGUUUACUCGACUUUGCCUCUUUAGUUAAUGUGUUUCCAAAUAUCCAGACAUUUACAAUCGAGCUACUCUGCUUUUCACUGAUGGGAAGGAGGAGGAAAGCAACGUAUAGUGCAGCUGCUCAUCACCAUGACCACCUCAAGCUUUUCCAAAUUUUGGGUUAUUAUGGAGGAAACGGUGAUCUUGAACUUGCUGCGUACAUGUUACAAAAUGCUAAUGCACUUGAGAAGAUUGUGAUUGAUCCUCGAGCACAGCUUGACAAGGCAAUCAAAGCUACAAAGGAUUUCUCAGAGAACAACGAGGAAGCUGCUCGAUCUUCGGCUAGGCUUCGGCUUCCACCAUUGUUGCCUCAAGGUGUUGAGUUGGUCAUACUCUGA